GACUCUGGUGCUGAUAAGACUGGGCCAGGGUUCCCUGGUGGGGUGGACUCAGAGUAUGGCCCUGACCACCUAUCAGGAAAACUAGGUAAGAUCAUAAAUAAAAGCAACAUUACUAAAGUUAUUUGCAUUAGAUUGGGUCUUAUUUCAUGAUUCUGUUAUCCAUCUCUGCAAGGUAGUAAACCCAAAACUCUCCUUCCUCCUUUUCCCAAAGUGCGGCCCCGUUUCACCCAGCCUGCUAAAAUGAGGAAACGGGUGAUCGCCCGCCCCAUGGGGAGCUCUGUGCGGCUGAAAUGUACGGCCAGUGGUAACCCUCGGCCAGACCUUGUGUGGCUGAAGGACGACAGGCCGCUGACGGAGCGCGAGGUGGGUGAGGGGCGCCAGAAGAAGUGGACUCUGAGCCUGAGGAACCUGACCCCGGAGAACAGCGGCAGGUACACCUGCAGGGUCUCCAACCGAGCCGGGGAGAUCAACGCCACCUACAAAGUGGAGGUCAUACGUAAGUAUCAUACAGUCACAGAGGCCUGAGUCAUAAAUACACUUAACGAGUCAGUCCAGGAUCUCAUAACUAAUGUAUGAGGUAGACUCCUCAGGGGAAGGAACCAGAAAAUACUGUAUUAUAUACUGUAUCACAGUCCUGCAGACUGAGUUCUAUGGACGUUGUGAUAAUGAUACAUGUUGGCUAUCAUGGAUGGAAACUCAAUGUGAACCUUGAUACAAUUGCCAUGUAACCAUAGUAAUGUCGGGUCUGGAUUUGAGGAGGAACCAUAAUCUUUUGGAGAUCCUUGCUCUCUGAUCUACCUUCGUCAGACUGCUGCGUUUGAUCAUUAAGUCUUACUCAUAUCCCUGCUCCAUGGAUGAAUGUGCUUGUCUAAUCAUGUACGUACAGUGGGGAAAAAAAGUAUUUAGUCAGCCACCAAUUGUGCAAGUUCUCCUACUUAAAAAGAUGAGAGAGGCCUGUAAUUUUCAUCAUAGGUACACGUCAACUAUGACAGACAAAAUGAGGGAAAAAAAUCCAGAAAAUCACAUUGUAGGAUUUUUAAUGAAUUUAUUUGCAAAUGAUGGUGGAAAAUAAGUAUUUGGUCAAUAACAAAAGUUUCUCAAUACUUUGUUAUAUACCCUUUGUUGGCAAUGACACAGGUCAAACGUUUUCUGUAAGUCUUCACAAGGUUUUCACACACUGUUGCUGGUAUUUUGGCCCAUUCCUCCAUGCAGAUCUCCUCUAGAUCAGUGAUGUUUUGGGGCUGUCGCUGGGCAACACAGACUUUCAACUCCCUCCAAAGAUUUUCUAUGGGGUUGAGAUCUGGAGACUGGCUAGGCCACUCCAGGACCUUGAAAUGCUUCUUACGAAGCCACUCCUUCAUUGCCCGGGCGGUGUGUUUGGGAUCAUUGUCAUGCUGAAAGACCCAGCCACAUUUCAUCUUCAAUGCCCUUGCUGAUGGAAGGAGGUUUUCACUCAAAAUCUCACGAUACAUGGCCCCAUUCAUUCUUUCCUUUACACGGAUCAGUCGUCCUGGUCCCUUUGCAGAAAAACUGCCCCAAAGCAUGAUGUUUCCACCCCCAUGCUUCACAGUAGAUAUGGUGUUCUUUGGAUGCAACUCAGCAUUCUUUGUCCUCCAAACACGACAAGUUGAGUUUUUACCAAAAAGUUCUAUUUUGGUUUCAUCUGACCAUAUGACAUUCUCCCAAUCCUCUUCUGGAUCAUCCAAAUGCACUCUAGCAAACUUCAGACGGGCCUGGAUAUGUACUGGCUUAAGCAGGGGGAUACGUCUGGCACUGCAGGAUUUGAGUCCCUGGCGGCGUAGUGUGUUUCUGAUGGUAGGCUUUGUUACUUUGGUCCCAGCUCUCUGCAGGUCAUUCACUAGGUCCCCCCGUGUGGUUCUGAGAUUUUUGCUCACCGUUCUUGUGAUCAUUUUGACCCCACGGGGUGAGAUCUUGCGUGGAGCCCCAGAUCGAGGGAGAUUAUCAGUGGUCUUGUAUGUCUUCCAUUUCCUAAUAAUUGCUCCCACAGUUGAUUUCUUCAAACCAAGCUGCUUACCUAUUGCAGAUUCAGUCUUCCCAGCCUGGUGCAGGUCUACAAUUUUGUUUCUGGUGUCCUUUGACAGCUCUUUGGUCUUGGCCAUAGUGGAGUUUGGAGUGUGACUGUUUGAGGUUGUGGACAGGUGUCUUUUAUACUGAUAACAAGUUCAAACAGGUGCCAUUAAUACAGGUAACGAGUGGAGGACAGAGGAGCCUCUUAAAGAAGAAGUUACAGGUCUGUGAGAGCCAGAAAUCUUGCUUGUUUGUAGGUGACCAAAUACUUAUUUUCCACCAUAAUUUGCAAAUUAAUUAAUUAAAAAUCCUACAAUGUGAUUUUCAGGAUUUUUUUUUCUCAAUUUGUCUGUCAUAGUUGACGUGUACCUAUGAUGAAAAUUACAGGCCUCUCUCAUCUUUUUAAGUGCGAGAACUUGCACAAUUGGUGGCUGACUAAAUACUUUUCCCCCCCACUGUAUAUGAGAAGCAUAUUGAGAAGGUAGGUCUGAGAAUGAGGGUUGUGUUCUGGUGUGUGGGGGAGAAGGAGGGGGCUGCUCAACCACAAGCCCCUCCAAUCUGGAGUUGAUUAGGAUCCAGCUGUCUGCCAGCCCCCCAGCCCCCUGAACCCCUCCUCCCCCUGAGACGUGUGUCCUGUACAACCAGGAGCAGAGAGAGAGGAAACUAAUCACACAUACUUCUUGUGUUACAUGUGGUAUUUCUCUCUCUCUCCCUCUCUCUCUCUCUGUUACAAUUACAAGUUCUAAGCCUAAGGCUAAUAACUGUAUGGACAUUACGCUGGUUCAUGCAGAGAGUCAGCCAUGUUGAAAUGUGGGAUAGUUGUGACAGUUCGUCCAUUAUAUCUCUCUGCAGAGAGGACCAACUCCAAGCCCAUCUUGACGGGCACUCACCCGGUCAACACCACAGUGGACUACGGGGGGACUACCUCAUUCCAGUGCAAAGUGAGGAGCGAUGUCAAACCGGUAAUCCAGUGGCUGAAGCGUGUGGAGUCCAACGAGGAGAGUCGGUACAACUCCACCAUCGAGGUGGGCGAACAUCGCUUUGUGGUGCUGCCUACGGGAGAGGUGUGGUCACGCCCUGACGGCUCCUACCUCAACAAGCUGCUCAUCACCCGCGCCAAGGAGGAGGAUGCUGGCAUGUACAUCUGUCUGGGCGCCAACACCAUGGGCUACAGUUUCCGCAGCGCUUUCCUCAUCGUGCUGCCAGGUAAGACCAGAGCCAGGCUGCCAGCCCUCUAGAACAUCAUAACCUUUAACCUUCCCAUCACGUACACACAAACUCCCUAUAUUGAUCUUUCAAAUGAGUACCUCUGCAACCUGAAACAAGCCAUCCCAAACACACUGAGAAUGCUGUUAAUCGACUACAGCUCAGCUUUCAACACCAUAGUCCGCUCUAAGAUCGUCAUUAAGCUCAGGGUCCUGGGUAUGAAUACCUCCCUGUGCAACUGGAUCCUGAACUUCCUGACAGGCAGACCCCAGGUGGUGAGGGUAGGCAAUAUCACCUCCGUCAUGAUGACUCUCAACACGGGGCGCCCCCAGGGUUUUGUGUUCAGCCCCCUCCUGAACUCCCUGUACACCCAAGACUGCGUGGCCAUGCACGACUCCAACACCAUCAUUAAGGGGGGAGGGGGGGGGGGGGGUCAAAAGCGUAAUGUUUCUCGGCAUGCACAUCACAGAGGACCUGACAUGGACCAAUCACACCGAGGUGAAGAAGGCACAACAACUUUUCAACCUCAGGUGACUGAAGACAUUUAGCAUGGGCUCGUUUUUAUAGCAUCGGGUCUCGGAACAACAGGCUCCAAGACAGCUUCUACCACCAGGUCAUCAGACUGCUGAAUAGAUAACCCUAGCUGUCCACCUGCUCAGACCUGCACCUUAAAGACUACAGUGCAUUCAGAAAGUAUUCAGACCCCUUGACUUUUUCCAAAACAUUUUACAUUACAGCCUUAUUCUAAAAUUGAUUAAAUUGUUUUUUUCCCUCAUAAAUCUACACACAAUACCCCAUAAUGACAAAGCAAAAACAGGUUUUUAGAAAUUUCUGCAAAUUUAUUAAAAAUAGAAAACUGAAAUAUAACAUUUACAUAAGUAUUCAGACCCUUUACUUAGUACUUUGUUGAAGAACCUUUGACGCUACAAGCUUGGCACACCUGUAUUUGGAGAGUUUCUCCCAUUCUUCUCUGCAGAUCCUCUCAAGCUCUGUCAGGUUGGAUGGGGAGCGUUGCUGCACAGCUAAUUUCAGGUUAUGUUAUGUUCGACCUGGUUCAAGUCCGGACUUUGGCUGGGCCACUCAAGGACAUUCAGAAACUUGUCCCGAAGCCACUCCUGCGUUGUCUUGGCUGUGUGCUUAGGGUCGUGGUCCUGUUGGAAGGUGAACCUUCGCCCCAGUCUGAGAUCCUGAGCGCUCUGGAUCAGGUUUUCAUCAAGGAUCUCUCUGUACUUUGCUCCAUUCAUCUUUCCCUCGAUCCUGACUAGUCUCAAAGUCCCUGCCGCUGAAAAACAUCCCCACAGCAUGAUGCUGUCACCACCAUGCUUCACCGUAGGGAUGGUGCCAGGUUUCCUCCAGACGUGAUGCUUGGCAUUCAGGCCAAAGAGUUCAAUCUUGGUUUCAUCAGACCAGAGAAUCUUGUUUCUCAUGUUCUGAGAGUCUUUAGGUGCCUUUUGGCAAACUCCAAGCGGGAUGUCAUGUGCCUCCUUCUGGACACUACCAUAAAGGCCUGAUUGGUGGAGUGCUGUAGAGAUGGUUGUCCUUCUGGAAGGUUCUCCCAUCUCCACAGAGGAACUCUGGAGCUCUGUCAGAGUGACCAUUGGGUUCUUGGUCACCUCCCUGACCAAGGCCCUUCUCCCCCGAUUGCUCAGUUUGGCCGGGCGGCCAGCUCUAGGAAGAGUCUAGGUGGUUCCAAACUUCUUUCAUUUAAGAAUGAUAGAGGCCACUGUGUUAUUGGGGACCUUCAAUAUUGCAGACAUUUUUUGGUACCCUUCCCCAGAUCUGUGCCUCGACACAAUCCUGUCUCUGAACUCUACGGACAACUCCUUCGACCUCAUGGCUUGGUUUUUGCUCUUACAUGCACUGUCAACUGUGGGACUUUUAGAAUAAGGCUGUAACGUAACACAAUGUGGAAAAAGGGAAGGGGUCUGAAUACUUUCCGAAUGCACUGUAUUUGCACCUUAGAGACUAUCUGCACUGACUCUCCACACAUCCAACCCUCACAUACAAGCACACACACACACAUGCACACAUACUCACACACACACAAACAUACAGACACACACUGUCAACACUGCUGUUCUAUUAUAUUCUAUUUAUUCAACUGCGCGACCAAGACACUACCCACUUUAUAUUUAUAAUACAUUCGUACUUGACAUAGCACAUCCAUAAUCUAUACUGUAUACACUCAGUGGCCAGUUUAUUAGGUACAUCACCCCGUUCAUGAAAAUGGUUCGCUCCUACAGACAGUGAGUCACGUGGCUUUGGCUUGCUAUAUAAAGCAGGCAGACAGGCAUUGAGGCAUUUAGUUACUGUUUGAUUGAACAUUAGAAUGGGCAAAACGAGUGACCUAAGCGACUUUGAGCGUGGUAUGAUCGUCGGUGCCAGGCGGGCUGGUUUCAGUAUCUCAGAAACGGCAUGCCUCCUGGGCUUUUCACGCACGACAGUGCGCAUCUGAACAUUGUUGCUGACCAGGUGCAGCCCUUCAUGGCUACAGGGGGGUCCGACCCAGUACUGGAUGGGUUGUACCUAAUAAACUGGCCACUAUGUGUAUAUUGUGUACACAUCAGCUUACUACUACGCAUACUACCUCUUCUAUUACUUGUUAUUUUUUAUUUAUUCGAUUAUUAUUAUUUGAUGUUUUUAUUAUUGAUAUUGAAUAUUGUACUGCAAUGUUGCGGGAGCUAGCACACAAGCAUUUUGAUGCAUCAUUUAUACCUGCUGUAAACUGCGCACGUGACAGAAUAGAAUUUGAUUUGACACUAGGGCUCCCCUAAACCUUCAUUUGGCUUUCUCAAAUCCCCAAGAUCCUGGGAUUCUGUCCUGUACAGGGAGAUAUUGUCCUGUACAGGUAGAUAUUAAAGAUAUUUUCAGUGUAUGUAAUCCAAGAUUACGCAGAGUAAUGAAAAUGAUAAAACUCCUCUUUGUUUCCAGUUUUCUUCAUCCACUGAUUCUUGUGAGCUUUGCAUUGGUGAAUAAUGUAGUAUUGACCCACUGCAGUGAUUUCAUUUCUCAACCAAGACUCUCUGAUGUGUAGCUACUUCUUUGUUCAACUCCUCCUCACUUUAGAAUGAUUGACUGAAUAUUUUUCGGGUCCUCUCCCCCUACAGCCACCAAGCCACCCAUCACCCCGAUGUUCACCCCAGCCUCCAGCACCCUACCCUGGCCUGUCAUCAUCGGCAUCCCUGCUAGCAUGGUGUUCAUCUUCGGUACAGUGCUGCUGUGGCUCUGCCAGAGUAAGAAGCACUGUUCCCCUCCCAGCACUCCAGCUGCGGCUGCCCAGGUCCUGCAGGCCUCUCACCGGCUGCCCUACCGGGAGAGGGACAGGAGCUAUGUGGCCCCCUUCUACACCUCCUCCAGCCCAGAGAAGGACUGCCUGGGCUCCAUAAACUAUGAGGAGUAUCUGGCUCAGCAGCAGCUUCUCCUCACUCAAGGGGGCUCUGCCCUACCCCCCAAAAUCUACCCCAAAAUCUACCCAGACAUCCACACUCACACCCACUCCCACGUGGACGGG